AAGAAAAAAUAGAGAAUUCAAAAGGCAUUUUUCCAACGAAAUCGAUGCUAGACGAAGAAGUGUGUUCCCUCCAUCACCACUCCCCUUUCAUCUCUUCUUCUUCUUCACCCACACUUCAGCUCUUACCUUCUUCCGCCGCCGUUAAUUGCAUACAUUCAGAUCUCCGGAUAUCUUCAUCUUCACUUCCUUUAGCUACUUCCUGCUUUAUGAAGAGGUGAAGACACGCACAUACAUAAACCGAGUUUUAGCAUUUACUAUUAAUCGAACCGAUUCAGGUUCUGGAAACUCAGACACUAACUCAAUUAAACAUGGCAAAAGGAGAACCUGGAUUCAGAAAACCUAGUAGUGUUUCGUCUUAUGAUGAAGCGAUGGAUGCUUUGUCUUCUCUCAUCACCAAAAAGAAUCGUGCUGAUAAGAUCGUCGUCGACCAUAGAUAUGAGCUGAUGUUUGAGUAUGUUAAGGGUGUGAGUGAUAACAAAAUCUAUGAUGAUUUAUGGUUCCCCCACUCACUGUUCUUGUAGAUUUUGGAAUUAGAGGAACCAAUUUCCCAGAUGAAGAUCAUCCAUGUUGCAGGCACAAAAGGAAAGGGAUCAACAUGCGUGUUCACUGAAGCUAUCUUACGCAAUUGUGGCUUUCGCACUGGACUCUUCACAUCUCCUCACCUCAUUGAUGUUAGAGAAAGAUUUCAAUUGGAUGGUAAGGACAUAAGCAAAGAGAAGUUUUUGGCAUACUUCUGGUGGUGUUGGGAUAGACUGAAGAAAAAAUGCGGUGAUGAUAUUCCAAUGCCAACUUUAUUCCGCUUCCUUGCUUUACUUGCUUUCAAAAUAUUUGCAACAGAGCAAGUAGAUGUUGCUGUUAUGGAGGUGGGAUUAGGUGGAAAGACUGAUGCAACCAAUGUGGUUCAGACACCUAUAGUAUGUGGAAUCACACCACUAGGGUAUGACCAUACUGAAGUUCUUGGAAAUACUCUUGGAGAAAUUGCUGGUGAGAAAGCUGGUAUCUUUAAGAAAGGUGUUCCAGCAUUUACUGUUUCACAACCAGAAGAAGCCAUGCAAGUGCUUAAAGAAAAAGCCUCCCAGUUAGAUGUGAAUCUUGAAGUGGCAAACAUGUUGGAUAGUAAAUUGCUAAAUGGAUUACAUUUAGGGCUUGCAGGGGAACACCAAUAUAUAAAUGCAGGGCUAGCCAUCAUGUUAAGCUCCACAUGGCUCCAAAGGACAGGUCAUUUGGAACUUGAGACUAGUUAUUUGUCUGAGAGAUUCAUCAAAGGGCUAACAAGUGCAAAAUUACAAGGAAGGGCUCAGAUUAUUCCUGACAAUGUAUGUGAAGGUGAUGUGGUGUUUUAUUUGGAUGGAGCACAUAGUCCUGAAAGCAUGGAAGUCUGUGCAAAUUGGUUUUCCAUAGCAAUUGGUGGUGAUAGUGAUAACUCCAGGAAGGACUCUGCACAGAUAUUAUUGUUCAAUUGUAUGUCGGUGAGGGACCCACAGUUGCUGUUUCCGCGGUUGGUGGACACAUGUGGUGGUCAUGGUGUAAAGUUUAAAAAGGCGAUAUUUGUGCCAAAUAUGUCGGUUUACAACAAAGUUGGAUCAUCUUUGCCACAAACUGAUUUACAAGAAGUUGAUAAUUCAUGGCAGCUGACACUUGGAAGAGUAUGGGAGAAUAUUACAUGCUGCAGUAAAAGUGAAACAGGAAGUUGUGAAAGUAAAAACAGUAUGGUGUUUUCAUCACUUCCAUUGGCCAUAAAAUGGUUGAGAGACACUGCCAAACAAAAUAAGUCUGUUCGGCUGCAGGUCCUGGUUACUGGUUCGUUGCAUUUGGUGGGUGAUGUUAUGAAAUUAGUGAACAAAUAACUCAACAAACUCAAAAUUCUUACAAGUUACAACAACAAAGAUGGAUUUAACAUUUAUUGUAGUUUAUGUUUCAUUGUAUUUGUUUCCAAAAAACUAUCUAAUGUUGAUAUUAGUGUUAUUGUAUCUGUUUGUGAUACUUAGCUUGGUUUUUUGUAAAAUAUUACUACCAUUGAUUACUAUUAUUUUUAUUAAAAUUACUAUUACUACUGGUAA